UCAGUGCGCGCCGUGCAGGGCUGCUGGGAGCGGAGGACAUCACUUUCCGGAACAGAGGUCGGCAACCCUCAGAGAUGGGCACGUGUCUUUCUACUACCAUGGAUUUUCCAUUUCACGUACAAUCUUUAAUUUCUCAUUGGAGUAAGCCUCUCAGCAUCUAAUUUCAGAGGAUUACAACAUGCCAGUCAGGCAGUAUUUCUAUCUCAUUCUACUCUUCAGCUGGCAGUAUCCUGGCCUGGCUGAUUUGGUUCUGUAUGAUUACUGUGUGGUUGGAGCCGGCCCUGGCGGACUCCAGUUUGCAAGAUUCCUGGAGGAUUCAGGGAGAAAUUACAUGGUGUUUGAACGUAGCCAAACUCCAGGUAACUUCUUUGUUCGUUUCCCAAGACAUCGUAAGCUGAUCAGUAUAAACAAACAAUUCACAGGACGUAAGAACAGCGAGUUCAACCUGCGCCAUGACUGGAACUCUUUACUGUACGGAAAACAUCCCUUACGCUUCAGCCGUUACUCUACGGACUUCUUCCCUCAUGCCGAUGAUAUGUUAAGGUACCUGCAAGAUUUUAGCACUGGCAUUCAGAUUCGCUACGGGACCAAUAUUAGCAGUGUCCGAGUGGAAUCCAAUCCCGGGGCAUGGAAUGGGCACUAUUUCCUCCUGAGCAGUCAGUCUGGACAAAAGUACCAAUGCAAUGUAUUGGUGGUGGCCACAGGACUGUCUCUUCCUAAUAUAGUGGAUUUUCCUGGGUCGAAGUAUGCAGAGGGGUAUGAGUCUGUUUCUGUCGAGCCACAAAAUUUCACAGGACAGAAUGUUUUAAUUCUGGGACGAGGAAACUCUGCUUUUGAGACCGCCGAGAAUAUACUGGGACAAACAAACUUCAUUCACAUGCUUGGACGUUCCAGAGUACGACUGUCCUGGGCUACACACUAUGUGGGUGAUUUAAGAGCUGUUAAUAAUGGACUUUUAGACACGUACCAGCUGAAAUCUCUGGAUGGGCUGCUGGAGGGGGAGCUGUCAGAUCUGGGACUGAUACAGGACAAGAACGGGAAGGUUUAUGUGACUCACAAGAAUUACCUAAAAAUGGGCGAGGGCCACAAUGGAAACCACACUGACAAACUUCCGAAGGAUGAUCUCGAUAAUUUUGCGGCUCGGGAACCAUAUGACCGCGUCAUUCGCUGCCUGGGUUGGAAAUUCGAUUUUUCCAUCUUUGACAGUUCAGUGAGAUUAAAACAGGCACGUGGAGGAAAAAGAAAAUAUCCAUUGCUUAAAGCCAAUUAUGAAUCAAAACACACAAGAGGUCUCUUCGUGGUGGGCACGGCCAGCCAUGGUAUCGACUUUCGUAAAUCUGCUGGUGGGUUCAUACAUGGAUUUCGAUACACUGCUCGCACCGUCCACCGCUUGACUGAACAUCGCUACCACAACAUUCCUUGGAAGGCAACACACUACCCUAUCUCGCAGCUCCUCAAUGUUCUUAUAAAACGUAUGAAUGAAGCAUCAGGUCUCUACCAGAUGUUUGAAGUCCUGGCUGAUGUUGUGAUCAUUGGAGAUGAAGGCCACAAUUUUGAAUACCUGGAAGAGGUCCCUGUUGGAAUUCUUCCUAAUUUAGAGGAAAGCACAGGAUUGAAGGCACAAGACUCAGGCCUGUUUGUUCUCGUAAUGGAAUAUGGGAAGAAUUUUUCUGGACCAGAUAAAGACGUGUUCUAUUACAACCGAGCCAUUGGGGAGGCCAUGGCAGCAUGGCGGUCUAAUUUCUUGCAUCCAGUCAUAUAUUAUUACAGACAGUUACCAACAGAGAAGCAGAUUAAAUUGCGUCCUGAGAACUGGCCUCUCCCACGGCCUGACCGGAUACACCAUGUGGUUGAGGAUUUCCUUACAGACUGGACAAGACUAAAUUCACACAUCCUGCCGCUUCGCCGCUUCCUUGAAAACUGUUUACAGAUGGACCUCAGGACUUUUUUUGCAGAAUCCUGCUUCCUCUUCACGUUGACACACCAGAAGUUGCCCAUUUACUGCCAGCAGGGAUACUUGCAGAACCGUGGCCUUGUUGGCACUGAACAUCUCAGACAGCAUUCUAUAGAUGCUGGCCUCAUGGAAAAUUUCAGUGGACACAUUCAAAGGACAGCUGGUGACAUGUUACAUAGGAUCAGCGGCAGCAAAAGAGACGAACUCUAACUUAAUAAAAAUAAUUAACUAUGUUUGUUUAUUUCAUACAAAUGCUACCUCCACUGGAUUGAUAAAAAACAUUGUAUUACAUUUGCACAAUACAUGGCACAGCUGCCAAUUGGUGUGAUAGUUGUGGUGUGUACAACUUGACUGAUGACAUAACCGCAAAGACUAAGGAAGUCAGACAAAAUAAAA